AGUGGUAGAGGUAAUGUUGGUAGUGGAAGUAGUAGUGAUAGUGGUACGAAAGACAGAAAGGGAAGUAAAGCAAGAGUGGCAUUGUUCGAAUUACGGUAUUGUGCCUUUUUGUUCUCCAUGGGAAAAUUUGUGAAGGAGGUGCCAUGUCUAAGCCACUAGGCCUGCUAUAAUGUUGCUCCAGUCUUAUGUUGUUAUAUUUGUGUUUCAGAGGGCGUGCAGUGUGGUAGUAGCGGUGAUGGCAGCAGCAACUAUGGCCAUCAAGCAACCAAAUAUUGAAGGUUCGUGGCUGCCCCUGCAGGAGGCCAGGACAAGUGGUGACACUGGCCAGUGGAUGAAACCAUCCUGGCAUCCUACCCAGACUUGGCCUGAGGAGGAUGAAGCUGCCUGGGAUACCUACGAUGCUAUAGACUCUCCCUUCCUUCCUGAGGAAAAUAUUAGGGAAGUUGAAGACAGCGGUUUGGCUGUUAUGUUAGGUGUGACUCAGCAGGAAGAUUCUCCCUGGCUCACCAAACGAGAGCCUCCCAGACGUCUUGGCUCACUUAUGGAUCUCUACAGGUCUGUGGCUCAUGGUCUGAGUCCAUUCGUGCCUGCCACCAAGAGCCAGGUGUUCUCUGCCGCCCCAGAGCGGCGAUCUGGUCGGCGGCCGGCUGCUUGUCGGUUCGGGCCAUUCGGGUUAGUGUGCUGGAAUGCCGCAAGGCGAAGUACUGUAAUGAGACAGAGGUCUCCACAGCUAGCACAGUAGCACCUAAGUACAUAAGAAACACUGCAGCAAGCCUACUGGCCCAUACUAGGCAGGUCCUUGUCAAACCCAAACCCACUAACCCACCAACCCAUUAUCAAUGUUACCCAAGAAAUAAGGUUUGAUAACACAAUUAACUAAAGUGUUUUGCAGGGACCCUGUUAACCACCGGAUUCUAACCCAUAUUCCUCUUAAUAAUACCCACUGACGACAUAAUACCCUGGGGUACCUGGUUAUAAUUUUCCCAGUAUGCCAAAUAGAACUCUGCAUACACUGGGGGAACCUCUCCUACCAUAGAAACCUCGGUCAUACCCAUCCCAAUACACACAUCAGAACUAUGCCCUGGGAACACCGAAAACGUCUCCGCGCCCUGGGAACACCGAAAACGUCUCCGCGCCCUGGGAACACCGAAAACGUCUCCGCGCCCUGGAAACACCGAAAACGUCUCCGCGCCCUGGGAACACCGAAAACGUCUCCGCGCCCUGGAAACACCUACAGUAAAGUCCCUAACCACAUCCUCCCAACUAACUCUGCCUUUCUUCUCCAGGUUACCAGUUCAUUGGGGUCCUGUAUUUCCCAAGUGGAAAUACAACACUGGAGUGACAUGAAUAUUUUGCUAAGGAAUUAUCUGUUACUUAGCUACUUGUAACAUAAACAUAAGAAAAACA